CACGCAAACAACAGACCUUUUUGAGCAGAGCAAAGGUGAGGUUGGGGCAUCAUGGUUUUGACACCAGUGCCUCUGCUGCAGCUGGUCCUGGUCUCAGUGGUGUCUGCGUCACACCACUUUGGAGGACUCACCACCUAUAGCUAUGGCGGGAAAAACUCUGACGGGACGUUUAUCGUCACUAUUCGUAACAGGGCAACCUUCGAUGGAUGUUACAGCUCUCAGUCCGUUAAUUGUUACCAAGGUAUUUGUGGGAAUGAGGUUUCCAGAAACAGAACCCUACUGGAUCACAGCAGCAACGCCCCAAUGGAUAACGGGCAAUGGUGUGAGGCAGAGACGGUAAUAACAAGACAUCUCCCUUCCGACAAACCUUUCUCUUUGAGGUCAGCUAGCUGUUGCUGGAUUUCUAACCGAAACUCCCUUUGGAAUUGGAGACAGCUGACCACCGUGGAUUUGGGUAUAAGAUCUGAUACCGGAGUGCCAAACACAUCACCAGUUAUUGGCACUCUACCAUUCCUUCGAGUUCCUCAAAACUGCCCACGUACAUACAAGCUGAUGACAUUUGACCCUGAUGGUGACCGAGUCCGAUGCAGAUAUGGAAAGCUUUUCAACACAGAAUGCAGCUCCUGCACACAACCUGUGGGCUUUCAGUUGGAUGAGGACACGUGCACUUUGCAAUACAACUACGUGUAUUCUGACCCCAGAGUUUUUGGAUUUGAGUUAGUGGUGGAGGACUUCCCCCAACAACCCAUCACACUUGUCUAUAGUGAUGGAUCUCAUUCUUCCAGGCCAUCCUUGGCUGUCAGGAGAAAGAGAGCACCAUCCGCUUAUGGUUACUGGACCACUCCUCGAAGUACCAAUGGAUAUACCACAUUAGAUCCUUGGCAGAGGUCUACUACAACACCACACCCAUGGGGGGGCUGGUAUACUACAGCCCCACACCCGUGGAGGACCUGGCCUAGUACAACCACACCCCCAUGGAGGACCUGGCCUACUACAACCACACCCCCAUGGAGGACCUGGCCUACUACAACCACACCCCCAUGGAGGACCUGGCCUACUACAACCACACCCCCAUGGAGGACCUGGCCUACUACAACUACACCCCCAUGGAGGACCUGGCCUACUACAACCACACGCCCAUGGAGGACCUGGCCUACUACAACCACACCCCCAUGGAGGACCUGGCCUACUACAACCACACCCCCAUGGAGGACCUGGCCUACUACAACCACACCCCCAUGGAGGACCUGGCCUACUACAACCACACGCCCAUGGAGGACCUGGCCUACUACAACCACACCCCCAUGGAGGACCUGGCCUACUACAACCACACGCCCAUGGAGGACCUGGCCUACUACAACCACACCCCCAUGGAGAACCUGGCCUACUACAACCACACCCCCAUGGAGGACCUGGCCUACUACAACUCCAAACUCAUGGGGAGGCUGGCCCACUACAAGACCCAUCGAUUCCACAUCAAUUCCACCACUUGGCAAAUUGCCUUUGCAAUUCUCUUUGCUGGUGGACCCCCCUGUUCCUUCAUGUCAAGAAGGACUCUACCUACCUAAGUUUGUCUACCCCACACCGCAAAAUGGAGAAACCAUACAUGCAGAGGUCAACAAGGAAGUGGAGAUCCGGGUGAAAGCAGUAGCUAGCUAUGCAACAAUACAUGACAUCAUUACGAGUGGGCCAGUGAACACCAAUAAGUACAGAACCACACACGAUGAGUUUGUCAUAAGGUGGACACCCGGGCCCGGUGACAUGGGUGGACAUUACCCACUCUGUUUUGCUGUUGAAUCAAUCAGCCAGUCUGCUCAAACCGCAUCCUCAUAUCAUUCUUAUUACCACCCCAGUAGCACCUCUUUACAAUCAAGCGUUUAUCAGUCUGAAAUGAGGUGUGUUCUUCUCGACGUUCGGAACGAGACAGUUCAAGCUACGGUGACCUGUGCUGAGUCCAAUAUGAUGGUCGAAAUUAGGAAAGCUUCACUCCAAAGAAUACAUUUCGAUCACCUACAGCUCAGUGAUUCAUCCAAUGUUGAAUGCGACCUUCAAAGACACUCCAACAGCACGCAUGUUGUCGCCGUCAUCCCCCUCAACUCUUGUGGCACUCAACUGGAGGAGGAUGAUGAAAAUCUUAUUUUUAGAAAUGAGAUUACCACAUUUGACAACCUCCAAAGCACAAUCAUAAGGAAAAACAGGUUGCACCUGGAUUUCUACUGCCAGUAUCCCAAACGAGGAAAUGUGACGCAGAGUUUCAGUGCACACAGACAAAAUGUGACCGUUUGGGAAAAAGGCUUUGGCAUUUUCACAUACCAGUUCGAGUUUUACACAAACUCGAGGUUUCAAACAAUGAUUAGUCCAACUGAUUACCCUCUGGAAUAUGACCUAGGAAGCAGGAUUUACAUGAAAAUAGAAGCUGCCACUGCAAUCAACAACACAGAGCUUUUUGUGGAAUCAUGCAGAGCUGCCCCAUAUGACAACCCAAACUACCACCCGACCUACACUAUCCUUGACAAUGGAUGUAAAGUGGAUCCUACACUUCAGAUCCAUGCCUCUAAUGAGCAGGAAUUCAGGUUCAGCAUCGAGGCCUUCAAGUUCAUUGGACUGUACUAUCAGGUGUACAUCAGCUGCUCGGUGCUCGUAUGUGAGGCGGGCGCACCCAACACCAGGUGCUCCAAGGGGUGCGUCAACUCCACGUGGACGGACGAGGGGCACCAUCACAAAAAGCGAGAGGCUGUUAUCCAGAGUGCCAACCACUUUGUUUCUCAAGGUCCAUUACGCCUCAAGAGAUCAGCAGACAGUGAUGGAAGCAAAGUGCCUAAUUUGAAUCUGAACCUGGUCUUCAUCGCAGGCUGUCUUCUGGCAGUCAUUGGCAUGAUCAGCACCGUGGUUGUGUACAAAGCCAAAAUCUCAAGAAUUAAAUAUCAACGUUUGCCAACAUUUGAAACUUAGACACAUAGCAUUAGAAGAGAGCGACUUUAACAACUGUUAACAUCUCUUAUUUAAUUUUGAUUGUGUUUGAAAUCAGAGGUUUUUGGGCAUGCAAUUUAGGUUGGGGUACAUAGACUAUAUAAUAUAUGAUUUACAUAUGGUGUGAAUAACAAAACUUUUAAUACUUAUUUGUCAUUUAUAAAAUACGACAAAUCAUAAUCUGAUUGAUUUAUGUCAUUAUUAUCGCAAAGGAAAUCUUAAUGUAGGCAUAUUAGUCUACAUUUGUGCAUGCUGAAAAUCCUCAGAAAAGUGAACACAAACCACGUGUUAAAAGAUUUUGGUCGUAAAAGUAAAAUACAGUUGCACUACAGGUGUUGGUUAAGCAUGAAGUUGUGGUAUUAAAAGUAGGGGCAGUAAUAUCAAAGAGAUCUUUCUACCAGGUGAGGGUGUCAAGACUAGGACUUUGAUUGAUUGAUUGAAAAUGUUAUUAGUAGAUUGCACAGUUCAGUACUGUGGAUGACUGUUGCUUCCGGGUUCUCCGGACCACCAGGGAUAGACAUGACAGGCUUCGUUUACGUUUGACAAUGUUUUAUUUUUCAAUAAAGCUUUUUGCUUUCCA